UUCAUCAGUUAGUGGACAGGCUUUUCCAAGGCAGUUUGAAAUUCUUCGAAACCUUUUCAUUUCUUCAACUCAGAGAUGAUCCAUCUCAGUGCAUCCUCACUGAUCUUCCUAAAUAUCAUAUUUUUCAUUGGGGCUGAUACUGUGUUUGGUAAUGUCAAGCCAUGUUCUGCAAUGGGUACUUUCACCACAACCACUGUGGAAGAGACAGCCAGUCCAGGAACAAAAAAUAAAUCUUCAGAAAAUCCACAGGAGAAGAAAAAAUGCCACGUGCCCUGUGAUUUUCAAGCUAAAGUGUUAAGAGAAGAAAAACAUUACAUGUGUAGGAACUUGCAGAAUUCUCUAGUUGAAUAUGCAAGAAGUACCAAGAAGAUGAUACGGAACAUGAUGGAUGAUCACCAGUCUUCUCUUGAUUAUCUUUCCAAUCAGGUCAAUGAACUGAUGAGUCGGGUUAUGCUUUUAAACACAGAACUAUCUAGAAAACCAAUUGAUGUAUUUCCUCAUCGAGCUGUUCAGUCUCAUGGUUUGGAUUGCAGCGAUAUUAAAGAUACCAUUGGCUCUGUUACAAAAACUCCAAGUGGUCUCUACAUAAUCCAUCCAGAAGGAUCAAGUUAUCCCUUUGAGGUAUUGUGUGAGAUGGAUUUUCGAGGAGGAGGCUGGACAGUGAUCCAGAAGAGAACUGAGGGGCUCGUUGAAUUUCAAAGGACAUGGUCUGACUAUUUGAAUGGAUUUGGUGACCUUGAAGGGGAAUUUUGGCUCGGCCUCCGAAAUAUUUUCCACAUAGCAAACCAGAAAACAGCCAGCUUCAUGCUUUAUGUGGGCUUGGAGGCUGAAGAUGACACGUAUGCAUACGCAUCGUAUGACAGUUUUUGGUUAGAGGAUGAAGCGUGCUCUUUUAAAAUACAUUUAGGACGUUACUCUGGAAAUGCCGGUGAUGCAUUUCGGGGAUACAGAAAACAAGACAACCAGAACUCAUUACCUUUUAGUACAUUUGAUAUGGACAAUGAUGGCUGCAAUCCAGCUUGCUCUCUCCAGGAGCAGCCUGUGAAGAGCUGCAGUAACUUCAGUGAGAAAACAGGCUGGUGGUUCAGCCAGUGCGGUCUUGCAAAUCUCAAUGGUGUUCACCGGGUCACAAGGAGGAUGCUCGCAACAGGGAUUCGGUGGGAAACCUGGACAGUGAAUGACAAACCAGUCAAAAUUAGAUCGGUUUCAAUGAAAAUCAGAAGAACAUAUUUCAAAUAAUGGAACAAUGCAUGACUUUCUGAAAUUAGGCUGUCUGGUAGCUCACUUCAGACUGUAGCAUGCAAAGUUUUAGUUUAGCAACCCAUUUCUAGACAUGUUAGAGCCAUUUUGCACACCUUACUUUGCAACAGCACUUUCCAGCACAACAUAAUUAUAAUCCCACUACGUUGUAGCUUCAUUUCUAAUAUUUUCACUAAAUACCUGGAUGCCAUUAUUGGCUUGUUGCAUUAACACUUUCAUCUCACAAAUCACGAUGCCUUAAGCAUUGAUCCAUUCCAGCUUGGUCGGCGUUGCCAAUUGAGCCUUCUUUAUCUUUAAAAUGAGUCAACAUAACUUAACAUCUGGGAUGUCAUCCUAAGGGAAAAGGUUUAGAAGAAAGGGGGAGGCAGCAGGAGAGCAUCUGCUUUGCAUGCAGGAGGUCCCCUGUUCAAUCCUUGCCAUCUCAGGUGGGGCUGGAAAAGCCUCUGUGCCUGAAGCCCUGGAGAGCUUCUGCCAGGAAGUUUAAACAAAACUGAACGGCAUGGAUCAGUGCCCUGACUGGGUUAUAAUGCAGCUUCCUGUGUUCUUUGUAUAUCCAAACCUAACUGCUUGCAUUUGGGGAUCUGAUUUGGAAGGGGAAAACUCCAGGAAUCUUACCCAUUGAAGAGUGAUAUGUGCCUGUUUUCCCCAGGCAGUGAGGCAACAGGGAGAAUGAGGUGUGAGUUGGGAAGAAGCCACUUUUCUUCUGAGAUGGCAUAUCAGGUACAUACAUAUUUAUUCACAGAAAAGAAAUCUGUUUGCUGGUACCACACUUGUUUUACCAUUGUGCUAGAUAGACUCAGAUAAUAGGAAAUGUGCUUUAAUUGGCCCCUUUGGGGCUAAUUUCAGCCCCGGGAAAGGAAACCAAUAAGGCAAUUUCUCUCUUCUGGAAAGAAAAUAAAAAGGAAUCACUUAAGGGUGGUUGAGGGUAUUUUUUAUUGUGCAUCAUAAAAUUUCCUUCCCAAAGAUUUCUGAAGCACUUACUUUUCAAAGAUAUACGGCUAAAAUGGGCACACUUUUUCUGAAUAUUGACAACACAUGAAUAUUAUUUCUUUGUUUAAAAUGCUCAGGUACCUGCUUACGUAUAUCCAUAAAAUUAUGUCUCUUAUCUUCCAAAAGGUACCACCUAUUUUGUUUAGGAUUUUCACCCCCAAGAUAUAUGAAUAAAACAGAUGGGUUUUUUAAAUUUAAAAAUAUCAUUGAAGUUAGGAGCACUGAUAGGGUUCAUACACAGUGCUAACCCACCACGCUUUGUUUAGGAUUUUCACCCCCAAGAUAUAUGAAUAAAACAGAUGGUUUUUUUUAUUAAAAAAUAUCAUUGAAGUUAGGAGCACUGAUAGGAUUCAUACACAGUGCUAAGCUGCCACACUGUUAUUUUAUAUAAUUAUGCAAAAUGAUAGGACUUGCUUUUCACAUCAUUAUUUUCUGAAGUAUAAAACAACUUGCUGUGGUUUGAUUGAAUGUUUUCCAGCAGGAAGGAAUAUUAACAUUGUUCCCAAUGUUUUUCUUUAAAAAAAUUUAAUGGUUUUUUGUGUUUGAAACUUCUGUUUUGUGGAAAUCUUAAUAAUAAUAAUAAUAAAGUAAUAUAGCAUAUGUUCCCGUUGCUUCUCUUCCCCCACU